AUGAACAAACGGAACUAUAUGAACACUUCGGUGCAAGAGCCCCCUCUUGACUACUCCUUCCGAAGCAUCCACGUGACCCAAGAUCUGUUAAGCGAGGAGCCCCGGACAGGGCUACGACCAGUAAGGCACGCGAAGUCGGGGAAGUCAAUGACCCAGUCCCUGUGGUUAAACAACAAUGUCCUCACUGACCUGAGAGACUUCAACCAUGCGGUUUCACAGCUCCUGGAGCAUCCAGAGAACCUGGCCUGGAUCGACCUGUCCUUCAAUGACCUGACUUCCAUUGAUCCUGUCCUGACAACUUUCUUCAACCUGAGUGUCCUCUAUCUCCAUGGCAACAGCAUCCAGCGCCUUGGAGAAGUGAACAAGCUGGCUGUCCUCCCUCGGCUCCGGAGCCUGACCCUGCACGGGAACCCCAUUGAAGAGGAGAAGGGGUAUAGGCAAUAUGUGCUGUGCACCCUGCCCCAUAUCACCACGUUCGACUUCAGUGGGGUCACCAAAGCAGACCGCACAACGGCUGAAGUGUGGAAACGCAUGAACAUCAAACCAAAGAAGGUCCGGAUCAAGCACAACGCACUCUGA